GGUGCGCGAUAAAGGCUUUAAAAAUUAAUUAAUGAAGAUUUUAAAAUAUCUUCGUGCCUGCUGAGUAUAAUAGAAAAUUGAAAUACGGUUCUAAUUUUUUGAUGUGUUAAAUUCGCUAGAUUUAGAAGCACGUGCAUUUCAUUAGUUUUUGAAUGUGCAUAAUGUAGUGUUUCCCCCGAAACCUACGUGAAAUAUUUCUACAAGUGAAGAAAUUCUGCGCCCAAAAACGCGUAAUUGUUAGAUGCAUUAAGCUGAUGUAAUAUAUAUGUAUAAUGAAAAAAUAAGUUUUGAAAAAAAAAAAACAAAUUUGGUUUAAUAGUUAAAUAUGAGUGAUUGUGAAGCGUGGAAUAAUAAUGUAGCAACCAAUGAAGCUCUUGCAGUGAGCAAUGUGAUUACUAUGAAUAAUCGAGCAGCAACAAAUUCUAAGCAGAGUGCUGCUACUGAUAGUACCGCUGAAUAUGUUAGUACCAAAAAAGCUCAAUUAUCCGUAAUGUCAACAACAAAUGAUGAGGAGUACACAGCAAAUCCCGUGGGCGAAAGCAAAUCUCAAAAUGCUACUACUGUUAAGAAUUUGAGUCAGACACAUCUUACCCAUAAUCCUACUUCCGCAAUGGAUUCACCAGUCUCUAACGAAAGUCAAAAACCUGACAGUAACAAACGUGUCAUACGCAAAAUUAUGGUAAUUGAUCCGAAAAAAUUGCAACAAGCUGGUUUAGAUCGCAAAUUGGCCGAAGCAAUCGGUAGGCACAAGCUAAAGGCAAUGGCUAAGGAACAGCGCAGACGUAUACAAGAUUGGGAUACUCAUAAGUUGCAAGUAAAUGAUGCGUCCAAAGCAGUUAAUAUACCAACGCAAACUGCAAUUUCGUCAUUAAAGGCAACGUCACAAGCUGUCGCCCCUGCAACAGUAUCCACAACAUAUACUGCAACAAGCAAUGCUACGCCAAAUACAACUAAUGCACCACAACAAAUAUUUGCUCCAAUAAAACCACUGGAUUCUUCGAAAAAAUGUCUUUUAGUGCCAGCUGCAACGGAUAAAGUUGCUGCUCCAAAAAUUAACGCGACGCCUAGUAAAACAACAGUUUUGGCUCCUACGGCUACCAAAUCGCCUUCCGCUGAGCGCAAAGUUUUUGUUACGCCGAAGAUAACCAUAACGCGACCCGGCGAAGAACCUCAUACAGUACGCAUAGUGCCCGAGCAUCGUUUAGAAAAUGUAAAAUACAUAUUACAAUGUAAGAUUUUGAAGCGGCAGCAGUUGGCAGCUGUACAAGCGCCGCAAUCUCCACAAUCGCCACAAGUUGCAAGCUUAUCGACGUCACAAAACACCACACCAACAACUGAAAUGUGCUGGAUGGAGCCGAAAACAGAAAUGGAAGAGUUCAUGAACAUACCCAAAGGUCAGCAAACGAGAAAACCAUCACCAGCUAAAACUCCGCAAGAUAUAGCACGUGUACUCGAUUUUAGCGCAGAUGCUACUUCUACAAAACCAACAACAACUGUAUCGACACCGAAUGCAAAUGAGCAUCAAACAGAAAAGAUCAGCACUGUUGGUCCAGUACACAUAAGAAACUACAGUCUCUGUGCACGCAAAGAGUCGCCCGCAAAGGCGGAAGCUGCUGGUACACGCGCAGUCGAUGUUGCACGUUUGGUGGCGCGCAUUGGUAAUGUAACAAUGCGCAAAAACCCCAUACAGUCGCCAGAAAAGACAGCUAAUAUAAUGGAAAUACCAAAAGCCACCAUACGUUGCAAGAAACUGCCCGUACAGAACAAACCUAACAAUAUGGUCAAGAGAGAUAAUGUCACAAAAGCAUUUCUGGAAACAAGCCUGGAACCGUAUAUUUCGCCGUUAUUAACAAACAAAAAUGUAGUUGCAACUACCGUUGAGACUCCAUUAAGCGCAGUCUAUAAAGAUCCAGUAAAGCAGUCAACAGAAGCGUUGAACGUUAAGGCCUCUACCGGCGCCGCGCUUGACAACCAAAACACUGCACAGUCACAGUUCAACAACUUUCCGCUAUAUUCGCCACUGAAACAACCAUUCCCGGUCGUUACACACUCGCAAGAUUUGCCUUUACCCACUAUCUCCACAUUCAAAACACCCUUUCCUACCACUCUGAUUAAAGUGGGUCAAAUGGGUCAGACACAGGGUGAUGAUACAGAGAAAACCAGUGAUCAUUUCUUGAAAAAUACAUAUUUCGUAACACCGGCUGUAACCAUACCUAUAGCACAAACGCCAAAAAGUCUGAUUGUGUUGGAGAACAAAGUUUUAUCACAAGAUGAAAAGAUUGAUCUGACGGCAUUAGGCUUUGGUACACCGAAACUAGAGUCAACGCCAGGCGUAACAAUGGAAACGCACGAAACAGCUACGGCAACUACACACAAAGCGCCGGAAACGGCACAAAUUUCGCAAACGAAAAUCACGCCUAUCACGUCGUCAGCCGCCAACAAUCUGUUGGCACAGAAGGGCGCUAAAUUCAACAAUCGCACGAUUGUGUCGAUGGAUAAAUUGAAAUUGUCUUCGGAUAAGAUAGCCGAGCUUGUCAAGGCGAUACAGCUGAAAAACGCAAAUUCACCGAAACACUUUCUUGUCGUGCGUAAAGCUGAAAAUGUGGCGGAGGCAAGCGAAAACACCGGCGUGUUGCGUAAAAUAAACCUAAAUGAAGUCAGUGAUACCCAAACAACUUCAACAUUGACACAACCAGCCGAGAAUACAUCCAGCUUAGACUACCCAUCGCUCCACAAAAACACAGCUUCAAUAGAAAAACCGAACGAAACGCCAAUAAGUCCAACACCAAACAUUCCAGUCUCCAAGUUAACAGAAAUUUAUACCAACACUGUAACACAUACCAAUAAGAUACCUGAAACUGCCAUCCAAAACGAUGUUCCACCUACAACUGCAACAGUUUCCACGUGUCUUACAACCGCUGCCACACCUAUUAUAUACCAAGCACCUAAAACUGUUGUCGACUCACAAUUCAAAGAGAUCGCAGAAUUCAAAAACCCAUUGCCGCCUAAUCCACCAAAAUUAAACGACUCGGCUCAAAAUGCACACAACAAAUCAGCUGUUUGUGUGUUGGAUAGUGGCGAUGAUGAAUCGGAAGCGUCGUUAUCUGCUGUUGACUUCAUUGCCUCGUUGGCGGCUGAAAACCCAAUAACGGAGGAUAUGCAAUUGGAACUCUCGCCGGAAGAGCUCAAUUUGAAUGCUUCAUUCGCAAUGAAUUUCUCACCACUCCGUAUUCCAUACCGCGAUAGAACAGAGAGCGUAAAGAGUGAGCUAAUUGAGCAGGAUAUAUAUGACACCUGCAAUAUGUCAAAUGCCGAAACAUUGCCAGAGUUAUUUGAGCCGGAAAUGGCUGCCGAUGACGUGCAAAUCGGCAAAAUCAUAACUAUCAGUGAGGAAAAUAUUCUAAAUGCUGUUGCUGCCUCAACCAAAUUGGAUGCCAAUAAUGAACAAAUAAUUAACGGUGCACAAGAGGUAUUUAAACUGACGAAGAGCACCGAACACCUUGAUACUAUCGAAGAGGAAACACAAGUCAAUCAUAUGGAAAAUGUAAAUAACCUCGACAUUGUCGCAACUGACAGUUUAACGGAGUCGACAGUGGGACCAAUUAUAGUUAAGAAUCUUGAAAUUGGUGCCAUCGAUAACUUUGAAGAAAAUCGCACAGGUGGCGUGUUUGUGAAAACUAUGGAAAACGCUAUGCCGGCAUCUAUUGAAGAAAUCAAUAAAAAUGUGGACGCUGGAGUAGCGGUUACCAAACAAAUUCAAAUAUUACCCUUAGAGGUUGAAGCGUUGUCACAAAGUCACACGACCGUGGAGCAAAUUAUGCCAGAUGCAGACAAAUCUGAUCCAUGCAAAAUAUCGGUGGAACCUUCUACUGCCAACGCAGCAGAGACUAGCCAAAUAACAGCAACAAUAUCUGAUGUUAUCAACGAUGGUGAUAAAAAUAUCGAAACCCUGCCGGUGGUCGACGAUAACGCAAGCAUUACUCCGGCAGUAGUGAGCGGAAACAUAGGUGAAGUGCUUAGUCCCCAUAAAUCUAAAACGUUGCCUGCUAGUGAGCAAGAGGUAAGUCGAACAGCUAAUGCAGCAAGUGGAACAGUAAACAAUAAAACGGAAGCCGAAUCAAAGUCCGUCGAGCCGGUGGAUCCUACCAGUGCAUGCUGCACAUUGCCUACGGAUCCUACUAGUCACUUAAAAAAUGAGAAGCUUGCUGAGCCCGUUGAAAAUGUGACGUCUGUGGCUGAAGAAAAAACAAAAGCUGCGCCAAAACGAUUACCGCGUUUUAAGAAAGGCAAGAUCAACUUGGUGCAACGUAAGAAAACAACAGCAAGUGCGCCGGUAAAGCUACGGGAAACAAAGUCGGUGUCUGAAAAUAGCAACGAAGCAUUUUCAGAUCAAGACCUAAAUGAGAAAAAAACUACUGUAACUAAGAUGGCUGUGGCAUCUCAGUUGGACGGAGCGACUGUUCAAGUAGAGAAGAUGAAUGAAGAUCAAAAACAAGAUGAGAAAGAAAUUUCGUUAGAAGAUCAACAAAACAUACAAGAAACUGCGAUAGAAGAGAUUGCUGCCACAUCUGCAGCAGAAGUAGAAAAGAUGAGUGAAACUCCAAAACCAAAUGAUAAAGGCAGUGCGUUAGAAGAGAUCGCAGCCGCAUCUAAGUUGGACCGGGAGUAUAAGGAAGAAAAAGCACCGAUAAAUGCAAUGGUGGCACAAACAAAUCAAUCGAAACUCGUGGUCAAGGAAUCAGUGGCAUUAUUGCACAACUCGGCUGCAAAGGUUGAUGUAAACGAAGGCGUAGUUGCCGAACAUGUGCUCAUUGCCGAACAUACUCUGGGUGUCAAGUGUGCUAAUGGGUUAUCUACAACGGAAAGUGAGCGUUCAACUAUUGAAGUUGCUAUUUCAGACCACUCUCUGUCAGAUGUACCAACUACCAACGAAUCGCCAUUAAAAUCAGGCGAAUUAAAGCGUAAAACUGCUCUAAUAUCGGAACUACUGCAUCCACCUAAAAUACCUAAGCGAAAAUCCGCAGGGUCUGAUAGCAAAUCGCCUUCAUUAUGUGAUGUACCAAUUGCACAAUCUUCUUCUACUGAGAACCUUCUACUGACGGUGGUAAAGGCAUCAACAGAGGAAGCUAAAACAACUCCAGCGAAAAAUCCGUUUAAGACGACCAAAAUAGAAGCGUGUGCCGAUCAACAAACUGUAAAAGGCAUACAUAAUCUUUUGACUAAAUUUAAUAAAGAGUCCAAUAUGAGCGAGGCUGGAGUUGGCGAAGACAAAACAAGCGCAAAACGCACGGAAGUGGUGGAUAAUUUAGAGAAAAAUCGCAAUCAACCGGAGCUACAGCAUAACUAUGGGCAAAAGACUGAUCGUGUUAGCAACUUAGAGCUUACCGAAGAAAAUAAGCCGCAGUCCAAUACAGCGAAUUCUGAAGUCUCAGCAAAUUCUGUAAUAGCUGAGACAGCAGAGGUUCAUGCAACUGCAAAAACCUGUGAUAUUUUACAUGUGAUAACCGAAGAAAAGCUACUGGAACAAAAUGCCGAUGAAAAGGCACAGAAAGCAGAUGCUCCAUCUACGGAAGAUAUACAAAAACCUGGUUAUAUAAAAACUGAUUUUCUCGGAUUCAACCAUAAUUCGCCGAGUACACAAAAUAUUGAGAGUAAUCUGCAACAUAUACUCACAAUAACCACUAGUGCUGAAAAGACCAAAACACGCGAAAUAGACCACAGCACCACGGAGCGUGAGAGCCCACACGUAGCGCUAAGCGAUAGCGCUGUAAAAGGCUCAACGUCUACUGGCAAGACUACGACGAAAAAGUCAAAUAUCGUAACGAGGCGUAAGCCAACGAAUCGGCGUAGUGUGCCCUUAAAGAAGCGUUGGGGAGUCUUGCAGGAAUCGGAUGAAAAUAUAAAUAUAACAGAUGAUACAUCGCCAGCGGAUGAUGAGGAAGAAGAAGACGAUGAAACUAGCUUUCAAGCAUUAGACAAAUCCAAAAAGUCACACAAAGAUAUGAACAAAAUUAAAGCUCAUAAAAGUAAUUACUACGAUAGCAAAGUCGUGGAAGGUGAAAAAGAGCAAGAAAGCGAUGUAAUAGAGGUCGCCACUUCUGAAAAUAAUAAACGUAAUAGAAGCUCAGUAGAUAUCAUAGAUAUGCCAGAGCAAGCAAGAGCUGUUGCUACCGCAGCUGAGAAUACUGAGAAUCCUGAAGAUUUACAAGCACCAAGUAAAAAAUUACGCUUAGAAGCAAAUUUUGAAAAUGGAACAACAACGAAUUCUGCUGAAAGCGCCACUAGUAUUGCGGAGCCUGCUAAAAAGUCACAAAGGCAGGUCGCGGAACCAGAAGCAACCUUGAAAGACACUGCAGCAAAUGAAGACGCAAACGACGUCAAGAAGAUCAACACGACUACACUUGCUUCGUUGGAUUCUGAGAGAGCAGCAACUCCACAAAAGUCUAAGUCAAAGGUGGCGCAUAAACACCACCCUAAAACCAGACUUUUCGACUCCAGUCCAUCAACAGCGAUGGCAGAGAGCACAGAAACCGCUAAACCUGUUCAAAAUAAUGAUACUACGUUGAUUGGUACUGCUUUCAAAAGUGAAAGGAAUGAAAGCGGUGCUUCUGAUGACUCAGCGAAAGAGAAGGAAGUGGUUAGUGAAAAGUCUUGCAGGUCCAAAAGUUGUACCAAAACACUAGAAAUAAAAGAACCAGUGGUCAAUGAAGCUGAAAAUGUAGUAGUGCAAGCCAAAUCUGCCAAAAAGAGGGGUAGAAAAUCAAAAAUCAAUGUAACUAGCGUGGUAACUGAAACUGAGCGUGCUGAAUUGGUUGAAAAUAACGUCGAUUGCUCGUUGAACGAAAGCGUGAACACGGCUGUUAACGAAAAUAGUAAGCUUGCUGAGGUCGAGGUCAAAAAAGUUGAUCUAAGUACAGCCUCACAAAAAGAGUUUGCAACGUCAACACCAGUUCCACCAACAGCAACGGAAGGCAGUAGCACGAAACGCGGCAGAAAGCGCAAGUUGCCUGCGGCAACUGUUGAAGAAAUUAAGCAGGAAACAAUGAGCGUAGAGGAAAGUACGCCAGUGACGCGUAAAAAGCGUGGACGAAAACCAAAGUCAACGCUUCCGAGUGAAAGCGAAGCUGUGCUUUGUAAUGGUGUUGCGGAAGCACAGAAAGCGCUUGAUACUACACAGGCAAGCUCGCAGCCAGACUUAAACGAGACGCUGCCAAAUUCCAGCUUAAAUUUGACGGAAACUGCAAAUACGAGCCAAGCAACAAUUGACUCUGAGACGCCUGUAAAAAUACCAAAAAAGCGUGGAAGAAAGCCGAAAGCGGUCUUGGCCACACCGGACACCCCAGCGGAGUCGAACGAAAAACAGCAAGGUAGAGGUGUAAAAGCUGGGGAUCUUGAAACACGCGGCAAUUUCAAUGAGCGUCUGUUAUUGAUAACGAAUCGCGCUCAGCUCGAGACAGACGAAGUGCUCACCGCACAGCCCGUAACGAAGACUACGAAAAAAGCUUUGAUACAAUGUGGACUAUGCUUGCAACAAAUGCCACGCGAUAACUGGGUGGAGCAUUUAGCGACACAUUACGGUGUUGGUUGGAUAGUGGGCGAAACGACGCCAAUUAAUGUCACGAUCCGCAAUGAGGUGCUGAAGGUCAUGAUCGCUUUUCUGAAAGUAAAUGUUAGCAAGCAUCCGCUCACCUGUCGCAUGUGUCAACGCACCUACCGCUCAGCUUUGGGCACUCUGCUACACAUUGAGACCUGUGGUGCGACAGACACGCGCACACCAUGUGAUUACUGUAAAAAAGAAUACUCGAAAUUUAGCGUUGUAAGUCAUAUGCGUACGUGUAGCAAACGUACAGAGGACGAAGAGCUUAACGAGUCGGCAACGGAGGCUAAAGAAGUCGCAGCUGAAAACAAGGAGGCCGUUUUGAACAAUGUGGGACGUUUGAAACGAGCUUCAGUGCAAAAGGCAGAGAAAAUGCUGAAAGCUCUCAAAGACUCGCAAAGUACUGGAAUAUUUUGCACCAAAGAUGCCAAAAGCCACGUAGUGUUCGUUGGUCCUGAGAAAAUGUUGGAAAACUGCGCGAAAGACAUUGAAACCUCGGGCUCAGCUGCAUGUCCAGCACAGGGUUGUAAAUUCACAGCAAAGGAUUUAAGCGCCGUACAAGAACAUUUUGCCAGCUGUGAUUUAAAGGAAACCGUUGCUAAAGGUGUCUAUAACUGUAAGCUUUGCGCGAAAACGACGAAGUCCUAUCGUGCCGUCAAAUCUGUGAUAAAACACAUUUUACAACAGCACAAGAGUACCGAAGUCGAUCAGGAUUUCGAAGGUGAUGUUUCCGAUUGCGGCAUUAAAACCGAUGAUGAAUCGAGCAGCGAUGAUGAGGAUGUCUCAUCAGGUGUGGAUUCGAAUGAAGAGAAUAAUGCUAAUGAUAAUGCGAGUGAUAGUUCCGCCGACGAGGCAGCAGCGCGAAAAAACGUGCGGAAGAAACAGACUGGCAAGAAAAAGUCGGCAACUUCGGGGUCAAACGCCAUAAGUGCGGACAGACUGCACCCACCGCGGGAAGUGGAUUAUAAUGGCACUGCUCGUCUCUUGUGGAAAGAAUUUACUGGGCAAAACUAUAGCACGGCACCGUUAUUUACCGACGCCAGGGUUAAGUACACGACUUGCGCACGCAACGAGUAUGAGAAGUAUAUACCGGAUAUGGAAACGUCAAUGAAGUUCAAUUACAAUACCAAUCUGAAGCUUUGCAAAUCGUCAAAGCAAGUAAGCUUUGGCAAGGCAUCGAAAGAUAUAAACUGGUCGCAAUUACAACGUCUAGAGACCAUGACGGUGAAGAAUGAACAAUUCACUUUUCUGGGCGAAGCUAUAAAAACUGCGACCUGGGUGCCUUUACCCAAGGACAUUAAAGACCAAUAUCUGCUCGUUAGCACACGCCGUGCUUAUACACGUUUCAAGAGUCCAAAAAUAGGCAACACGUUACUUUGGCUGUACAAAGUCACAGCAGCUGACACGUCGAAGUCAUGUGACAUGCAGCUACAAUACGCCAUCAACAUACCCGAUGCGCCUGUGCAUUGCUUGGCAUUUCUACCCAGCGGUGGUUAUGAUGCGCAUGCCAAUCGUCUCGGUUUGGUGGCUGUUGGCACAGCAAAAAAUACCAUUAAAGUUUAUGCGUUACCUUUGUGUGUUGAAAACGUGGGCGAGUUAAGUGAAGCAACGACUGAGCAGCAUACAGAAAAUUUUACCACGCUGCAAUUGGAGCCUGUUUGGCUGCUGGCAUUAGAUCUCUCCAAAAAAGACUUGAGCCAACAUCCGUUUGUGGAUACACAAUGCACGGCGCUGUGUUGGUCCGAGUUUGCUGAGCAUAUGCAUAUAUUUGCGGGCUACGCAAACGGUUGCGUCGCCUAUUGGGAUGUGAGCAGUGAUAGAAAUCUAAAUCGCUUCAUUAUCGAUGGCCUGCCGCACUAUGUGCCACUCAAUUUCUUCUACACGCGCGAGAAGAAUGUGCGAGCCAUGGCAUUGCAUUAUGAUAGCUCCGGCGUGCGUGUGAUUGCCGUUAUUGUUGCCCGACGUUCGUUGGUAUUAUAUGAUCUCUAUCACUUCACGCGCCCGUUCAUUUUGAAGGAGGAAAUCACCAAGAAUGAAGGCACCGACUUGGAAUGGUCGCCCAUCUGGCAAUCGUUAGCGAUCGCAAUGGGCGAUUCGUUGCCCAACAAUGGUCGCUGCGUGUUUGCUGUAAAUCCCUCGAAUAUCGUCUUCAAAAAUGAGACCAUCGACAAAAUGAGCGCUGGCGUCAAUAAAAUCCACUACAACCCCUUACAGAAUGUGCUCGCCAAUGCGACGGACAACGGUGAUGUGGUAUUCCUGAAUUUACGCGAGAUGCACUUGAAGGAAAUACUACGCGAUUCGUUGCGUAGUUCUCAAGCCGUGGGCAUAAUGGACAUGAAAUGCUUAAACGGUGCGGAUAUACCGAAAUUUGAUGCCAAGUCGGCGACGGCGGAUUGGAGUUUCAACGAGGAGGAUUGCAAUGAGAAAUAUGGCCUAGUAUUCGGUCCUGUAACAAGGAUUGAUAAAAGUCUCAAAGCGCAGUAUCUCAGCGAGCAGCGUCGUGUGCCUGUAAGUUUGACACCUUGCACGCGCAUCAAUACCAUACACUGCAAUUUCAAUAAUCACGGCAAACACUUGGUGGCUGCUGGCUAUGAAAAUGGUUUCUUGCGCGUCUUCUGCAUGGAUGCCAAAUCUUUUUUCUACUAAACACGAACAAUUUUUGCCGCAUUCACCCUUAACUUAAAUGGAAAAUGAAAAAAGUAUUUAAAAAAUAAGCAGGCACGCAGAUCGUAGUGUUUAACGUCGCAUUGUACUGCUAAGGAAGAAGACUUUGCUAUGAUGCUCGUUGGGUACCGAAGACUGAUGACCGAUCAGUCGGGCUUAUGAACCGAAGCGGACCUGAAUUUUUAUCCAACCAAGGUCAGUUCAACCAGCAGCAUUCCUCCAAAUUACUUCAAGAAUGCUUUCUGCUGCUACAACAGCACCAACCACAACUUUGCUUCGAUGCGUUUUCUACUACGUUGCUUUUCCAUGACAAUCGGGUCUGUGUAAGCGGUAUUGACUUUGAAAAAAAGAAAUUUUCGUUGGGAGAAAACUCGGCAUUAUUCUUCUUUCCGGCAUGCUUUCGGAUGCUACAACAAUAAAAACAACUUGGAUAUGAUGCAUGUCUCGGAAAAUAUUUUUUUCCGAUAGCGAACUCCUCCACUCGGCAGUCACGUUUGUACUCAUACCACAACAAUGGGGACUGUGUAAGCGGAAUAGAUCCAUAUUUUCAUCUGUCGAAAACUCAGCAUUUUCAUCAUCUCAGCAUUGGUCAAAAAAACAAUUUGGGGAAUACUGCAACAGCAAAAAAAAAAAAUUGGAUGUGAUGCAUGCCUCAAAAUUUUUUUUCCAAAUAGCGAUCUCUUCUCGGCAGUUUUUGAGCAAUCACCCAACGUUUUGCUGCUAUCAAAUAUAACAUUUGGAGGCCGUAUACCGUUAUGUAUCAAAAUAUCAUUCAGAAUGGCAGCAAAAGUAUUGCCAACCAUUUGGCUGAGCUAUAGGCGGUUGUUAUACAUAUACCGUUAUGUAUCGAAAUAAUAUGGUGUUUAGUAACUUAUAUUUAAAUUUACAUCUUAACAUUAUCAACAUCACUUGGUUUGUAGAUAGAAUUUUGAAAAAUACGCAAUAGCUAUAGACAUUAGGGCGGGGUGAUUUACAGGGAACCAAAAUCCGGAAAAAUCGCGUAUGCUCGUGCAUGGUCUACGAAUUUUUCUGAACAACUUUGUCUACGUGACUAUGGUUGUAAAACCGGAUUUGAGCCAUGUUUUUUAAUGCGAAGUUUUUUUGGGAUCAUAAAAAAUUGUUCGUUUUCGUGAUAUCUGAAUGAAAUUUAGUACGUGGGUGCAUUUUGAUAAUCUAUUGAUCAUAUGUCGGUAUCGGUCAGAGCAGACAACUAUAUCAUAUAUCUUCUAUUUCCAAUUAUUAAAAUUUUUUAAACUUCGCCUCGAAACAGUUUUCGAACCAUAGUCUCUUUGGCAAAGUUAUACAGAAUGAAGCGAAUGACAUUUCACGCAUACGCGAGGCCAGAGUAAAAAAACGACCCGCUCUACUAUACUUACAUAUAAGUAGACAUCUAUGUGCAUAUGUAAUACACUAUAUAUUUCAUAUAUUAAUUAA